AUGUCUUCCAAUCAUGACGAGGAGGAUCAAGUUGAUUUUGUAGCACUCGGAAAUGAUGAUUCUUCUUCGGGAAAGAUUCAUCCAACACCGAUUAAACAUGUACCUGUUGAUUUUGUUUGCCGCUUUCAUCAUAAUCUUCCCGAUCUGGAAAAUAUCAAUCCGACCUUCUUGGGACCAGAAAAUGAAUUAACGCAUUGUCCCUGUGUAGUCGUAUUCGGUGGUACAGAAACGUUUGGAGCCUUUACGCAGACAAAUUCAAUGUAUGUGUUGGAGUGUGGAAAUAUUGCAUCAAGAAAUCAAGUAGUGAGCUUGUGCAAUCAGGAACAGAUCGACUAUUAUGUAGAUGGAAAUUUAAUUUCGAACCAAAAAGGGAAUGAUAAAUAUGAUGAAAGUUCUUCUACAUCUUCUCGGUCAGAAUUCUUGUUUCAAUGGAAAGAAAUUGAGUAUGGCUCAUCAGAACAAAUUCCAAGUGCAAGAGAAUUUCCAUGUUUUUCAUAUGAGAGACAUUCACAGAAAUGCUACUUGUUUGGUGGCUAUGGUGGACAUUACUUUAAUGACGUAUGGGAAUUUAAUUUGCGUAACAAAACUUGGACGCGUUUAGUGACACAAGGAAACGUGCCAUCUGCAAGAUGUGGAUGUUCUGGAAUGGCGAACAGAUUUGGAUUAGUGGUCUUUGGUGGAUUCAAUGGCACUUAUUUGGAUGAUUUUUAUUUUUUGGAUUUCAAAUCCAAGACUUGGAUAAAAAUUGAUUCACGCUCGAUGAAUGAUUCCCCAAGAACUCUCACUGUGUUAACUAACAACAGUUUCAUUUCUGAUUGCUCGUUUUUUAUCUUUGGUGGAUACUCUGGAACACAGUACAAGAAUGAUUUUUUCGCUUUUGAUUUUAAUUAUAAUAAUGAUGCUCGACAUUUGGGCAAAUGGAAAUAUUCACUAAGAAACUUAACACCUACUAAUUCCAGUUUCAAAGCCAAUAGUUUAAUGCUUCGAGGAUUGUCAAGUAUUUAUGGAACACAUAUGGCUCCUGGCCAUCACUCACUUCUCAUUUCUGGCUACAUGAAUAACACGUCUGUUUUAUACGAGUUGGAAGAGAAAACAAAAACACUCUAUGUCUACGACAUUCCAAGUACUGCUCAAGAGUUUGACACUGAAAUUGAUUCAAGUUUGGUGUUUGAGUUGGACGAAAGAACUGUUGGAGUGCUUUCAAAACAUUGCUUGCUGGUUCUGGGUGUACGAUCUUUCAAAUUAGAUUUCCCAUUUUUGUGCUUUAGACGGUUGUACAAACCUGAAGCCUACUCAGAUGUUCGAUUUGAAUGGAAAUGA